GUAACCAGUGGGUAGCCUCUUGGGAGGAGUUAUGCAAAUAUCCAAAUGCCUUGAUGGGUGGGUGUCAGUCUGGAGGAGUUCAAGGCAGGGUGUAUGUGCAUAGGUAACACCCACAUCCAUGACUGAAAGAACUAAAAUCCAAUGAAUAAAAGGGGGUGGGACAAAAGCCAUUCCAGUCUGGGGGAGGAGCUGGUACACCUGUGCAAGACUGUAGGGGAGGAGCCGGUACACCUGUGCAAGACUGAGGGGGGAGGAGCCGGUACACCUGUGCAAGACUGGAGGGGAGGAGCCGGUACCCUGUGCAAGACUGGAGGGGAGGAGCCGGUACACCUGUGCAAGACU